GUGGCGGCCCCGCGGCCGACGGGAGUGCGCUGAGGAUCGGGGUGGAGUGUUAAAAAGGGAGCGUGUCCAGCGAGACCCGUGGCCCAGAAGAAGGGAAGCGAGGCGACGCGAACCCCUGCCCCCCACCCAGAGGACAAGGGAGGAGGGCCGAGGGCCGGGGCCGCUAGCAGCUGCUAGGCGCUCUUCGGUGACGCGGCCGCCACGCGCAGACGCGCUGACGGGCCGCGGCCUCCACGUCUCAGGUUCCGCAAAGGCCUGUGGGAGCGACCCGGGAGAAGGAGGGCCAAGAUGGCGGAAGCGGCGGAGUCUCCCGGAGACCCAGGGACAGCAACGCCCAGGCCCCUGUUUGCAGGCCUUUCAGAUAUAUCUAUCUCACAAGACAUCCCUGUGGAAGGAGAAAUCACCAUUCCCAUGAGAUCUCGCAUUCGGGAAUUUGACAGCUCCACACUGAAUGAAUCUGUUCAGAAUACCAUUAUGCGUGAUCUAAAAGCUGUUGGGAAAAAAUUCAUGCAUGUUUUGUACCCAAGGAAAAGCAAUACUCUUUUGAGAGAUUGGGAUUUAUGGGGCCCUUUGAUCCUUUGUGUGACGCUUGCAUUAAUGCUUCAGAGAGGCUCUGUAGAUAGCGAAAAAGAUGGAGGGCCCCAGUUUGCAGAAGUGUUUGUCAUUGUCUGGUUUGGUGCAGUUACCAUCACCCUCAACUCAAAACUUCUUGGAGGAAACAUAUCUUUUUUUCAGAGCCUCUGUGUGCUGGGUUACUGUAUACUUCCCCUGACGGUGGCAAUGCUGGUUUGCCGGCUGGUACUUUUGACCGAGCCAGGACCAAUAAACUUCAUGGUCCGGCUUUUUGUGGUGAUCGUGAUGUUUGCCUGGUCUAUAGUAGUUGUUCUAUAUGGAAUUGCAAGUGGAUCAUUGAAAUCUCCAACAGCCGUGUGGAGGACAGGCUCUUGGUGUUCCAGCCAGGCAUCAGGGCUGUGCAACUGAGGUGGGAGAACCAAGUUCAGUACACUGGUCCACAAGAGACCUCCCAGCUCCACAUAAUAUCAAACGGUGAAUAUCUCCCAGAGAUCUCAAUCUCAAUGCCAAGACCCAGCUCCACUCGAUGACCAGCAAGCUACAGUACAGGAAACACUAUGCCAAACAACUAGCAAGACAGGAACACAACCCCAUCCAUUAGCAGAGAGGCUGCCUAAAAUCAGAAUAAGGCCACAGACACCUCAAAACACACCACCAGACAUGGAACUGCCCACCAGAAAGACAAGAUACGGCCUCAUCCACCAGAAUACAGGCCCUAGUCCCCUCCACCAGGAAGCCUACACGACCCACUGAAAUAACCUUAGCCACUGGGGACAGACACCAAAAACAAUGGAAACUACGAACCUGAAGCCUACAAAAAGGAGACCCCAAACACAGUAACUUAAGCAAAAUGAGAAGACAGAGAAACACACAGCAGAUGAAGGAGCAAGGCAAAAACCCUCCAGAUCUAACAAAUGAAGAGGAAAUAGGCAGUCUACCUGAAAAAGAAUUCAGAAUAAUGAUAGUAAAGAUGAUCCAAAAUCUUGGAAAUAGAAUGGAGAAAAUAGAAGAAACAUUUAACAAGGACCUAGAAGUAAAGAGCAAACAAACAGAGAUGGAUAACGCAAUAAAUGAAAUUAAAAAUUCUCUAGAAGGGAUCAAUAGCAGAAUGAGGCAGAAGAAUGGAUAAGUGACCUGGAAGAUGAAAUAGUGGAAAUAACUACUGCAGAGCAGAAUAAAGAAAAAGGAAUGAAAAGAAUUGAGGACAGUCUCACAGACCACUGGGACAACAAUAACGCACCAACAUUCAAAUUAUAGGGGUCCCAGAAGAAGAAGAGAAAAAGAAAGGGACUGAGAAAAUAUACGAAGAGAUUAUAGUUGAAAACUUCCCUAAUAUGGGAAAGGAAAUAGUUAAUCAAGUCCAGGAAGCACAGAGAGUCCCAUACAGGAUAAAUCCAAGGAGAAAGACACCAAGACACAUAUUUAUCAAACUAUCAAAAAUUAAAUACAAAAAACAAAUAUUAAAAGCAGCAAGGGAGAAGAAGCAAAUAACAUACAAGGGAAUCCCCAUAAGAUUAGCAGCUGAUCAAUCAGCAGAAACUCUGCAGCCAGAAUGGAGUAGCAGGACAUAUUUAAAGUGAUGAAAGAGAAAAGCCUACAACCAAGAUUACUCUACCCAGCAAGGAUGUCAUUCAGAUUUGAUGGAGAAAUUAAAAGCUUUACAGACAAGCAAAAGUUAAGAGAAUUCAGCACCACCAAACCAGCCUUUACAACAAAUGCUAAAAGAACUUCUCUAGGCAGGAAACACAAGAGAAGUAAAAUACCUGCAAUAACAAAUCUAAAACAAUUAAGAAAAUGGGAUUAGGAACAUACAUAUCGAUAAUUACCUUAAAUGUAAAUGGAUUAAAUGCUCCCACCAGAAGACGUAGACUUGCUGAAUGGAUACAAAAACAAGACCCAUAUAUAUGCUGUCUACAAGAGGCCCACUUCAGACCUAGGGACACACACAGACUGAAAGUGAGGAGAUGGAAAAAGAUAUUCCAUACAAAUGGAAAUCAAAGAAAGCUGGAGUAGCAAUUCUCAUAUCAGACAAAAUAGACCUUAAAACAAAGAGUAAUACAAGAGACAAAGAAGAACACUACAUAAUGAUCAAGGGAUCAAUCCCAGAAGAAGAUAUAACAAUUGUAAAUAUUUAUGCACCCAACAUAGGAGCACCUCAAUACAUAAGGCAAAUACAAACAGCCAGAAAAGGGGAAGUUGACAGUAACACAUUCAUAGUAGGGGACUUUAACACCCCACUUUCACUAAUGGACAGAUCAUCCAAAAUGAAAAUAAAUAAGGAAACACAAGCUUUAAAUGAUACAUUAAACAAGAUGGACUUAAUUGAUAUUUAUGGGAUAUUCCAUCCCAAAACAACAGAAUACACAGUCUUCUCAAGUGCUCAUGGAACAUUCUCUAGGAUAGAUCAUAUCUUGGGUCACAAAUCAAGCCUUGGUAAAUUUAAGAAAAUUGAAAUUGUAUCAAGUAUCUUUUCCGACCACAACACUAUGAGACUAGAUGUCAAUUACAGGAAAAAAUCUGUAAGAUAUACAAACACGUGGAAGCCAAACAACAAACUACUUAAUAACCAAGAUAUCACUGAAGAAAUCAAAGAGGAAAUAAAAAAAUACCUAGAAGCAAAUGACAAUGAAAACACAACUCAAAACUUAUGGGAUGCAGCAAAAGCAGUUCUAAGAGGGAAGUUUAUAGCAAUACAAUCCUACCUUAAGAAACAAGAAACUCCUCAAAUAAACAACCUAACCUUAUACCUAAAGCAAACAGAGAAACAAGAACAAAAAACCCCAAAGUUAGCAGAAGGAAAGAAAUCGUAAAGAUCCAGUCAGAAAUAAAUGAAAAAGUAAUGAAGGAACUGAGAACAAAGAUCAAUAAAACUAAAAGCUGGCUCUUUGAGAAGAUAAACAAAAUUGAAAAACCAUUAGCCAGACUUAUGAAGAAAAAAAGGGAGAAGACUCAAAUCAAUAGAAUUAAAAAUGAAAAAGGAGAAGUAACAGCUGACAGUGCAGAAAUACAAAGGAUCAUGAGAGACUACUACAAGCAAUGCUAUCCCAAUUAAAUGGACAACCUGGAAGAAAUGGACAAAUUCUUAGAAAGGCACAACCUUCUGAGACUGAACCAGGAACAAAUAGUAAAUAUGAACAGACCAAUCACAAGCACUGAAAUUGAAACUGUGAUUAAAAAUCUUCCAACAAACAAAAGCCCAGGACCAGAUGGCUUCACAGGCGAAUUCUAUCAAACAUUUAGAGAAGAGCUAAGACCUAUCCUUCUAAAACUUCCAAAAUAUAGCAGAGGGAGGAACACUCCCAAACUCAUUCUACAAGGCCACCAUCACUCUGACACCAACACCAGGCAAAGAUGUCACAAAGAAAGAAAACUAAAGGCCAUUAUCACGGAUGAACGUAGAUGCAAAAAUACUCAACAAAACACUAGCAAACAGAACCCAACAGCACAUUAAAAUGAUCAUACACUAUGAUCAAGUGUGGUUUAUCCCAGGAAUGCAAGGAUUCUUUAAUAUAUUCAAACCAAUCAACGUGAUACACCAUAUUAACAAACUGAAGGAGAAAAAUCAUUCGAUCAUCUCAAUAGAUGCAGAGAAAGCUUUCAACAAUAUUUGACACCCAUUUAUGAUAAAAUCCCUCCAGAAAUUAGGCAUAGAGGGAACUUUCCUCAACAUAAUAAAGGCCAUAUAUGACAAACCCACAGCCAACAUUGUCCUCAAUGGUGAAAAACUGAAAGCAUUUCCACUAAGAUCAGGAACAAGACAAGGUUGCCCACACUCACCACUAUUAUUGAACAUAGUUUUGGAAGUUUUAGCCACAGCAAACAGAGAAGAAAGGGAAAUAAAAGGAAAUGAAAUCGGAAAAGAAGAAGCAAAGCUGUCACUGUUUGCAGAUGACAUGAUACUAAACAUAGAGAAUCCUAAAGAUGCUAACAGAAAUCUACAAGAGCUAAUCAAUGAAUUUGGUAAAGUAGCAGGAUAUAAAAUUAAUGCACAGAAAUUUCUGUCAUUCCUAUAUAGUAAUGAUGAAAAAUCUGAAAGUGAAAUGAAGAAAACCCUCCCAUUUACCAUUGUAACAAAAAGAAUAAAAUAUCUAGGAAUAAACCUACCUGAGGAGACAAAAGACCUGUAUGCAGGAAAUUAUGACAAAGAUGAAAGAAAUUAAAGAUGAUACAAAUAGAUGGAGAGAUAUACCAUGUUCUUGGAUUGGAAGAAUCCACAUUCUGAAAAUGACUCUACUACCCAAAGCUAUCUACAUAUUCAAUGCAAUCCCUAUCAAACUACUACUGGCAUUUUUCACAGAACUAGAACGAAAAAUUUCACAAUUUGUAUGGAAACACAAAAGACCCCAAAUGGCGAAAGCAAUGUUGAGAAAGAAAGACUGAGCUGGAGGAAUCAGGCUCCCUGACUUCAGACUAUACUACAAAGCUACAGUAAUCAAGACAGUAUGGUACUGGCACAAAAACAGAAAGAUAGAUCAAUGGAACAGGAUAGAAAGCUCAAAGAUAAACCCACGCACAUAUGGUCACCUUAUCUUUGACAAAGGAGGCAAGAAUAUGCAGUGGAGAAAAGGCAGCCUCUUCAAUAAGUGUUGCUGGAAAAGCUGGAUAGCUACAUGUAAAAGAAUGAAAUUAGCACACUCCCUAACACCAUACACAAAAAUAAACUCAAAAUGGGUUAAAGACCUAAAUGUAAGGCCAGACACCAUCAAACUCUUAGAGGAAAACAUAGGCAGAACACUCUAUGACAUAGAUCACAGCAAGAUCCUUUUUGACCCACCUCCUAGAGAAAUGGAAAUAAAAACAGAAAUAAACAAAUGGGACCUAAGGAAACUUAAAAACUUUUGCACAGCAAAGGAAACCAUAAAGAAGACGAGAAGAUAACCCUCAGAAUGCGAGAAAAUAUUUGCCAAUGAAUAAACUGACACAGGAUUAAUCUACAAAAAAUACAAGCAACACAUGCAGCUCAAUUUCAAAAAACAAACAACCCAAUCCAAAUAUGGGCAGAAGACCUAAAUAGACAUUUCUCCAAAGAAGAUAUACAGAUUGCCCAACAAACCCAUGAAAGAAUGCUCAACAUCAUUAAUCAUUAGAGAAGUUAAAAUCAAAGCAACAAGGAGAUAUCAUCUCACACCGCUCAGAAUGGCCAUCAUCAAAAAACCUACAAACAGUAAAUGCUGGAGAGGGUGUGGAGAAAAUGGUACCUUCUUGCACUGUUGGUGUGAGUGUAAAUUGAUACAGCAACUAUGGAGAACAGUAUGGAGCUUCCUUAAAAAACUAAAAAUAGAACUACCAUAUGACCCAGCAAUCCCACCACUGGUCAUAUACUCUGAGAAAACCAUAAUUCAAAAAGGGUCAUGUACCAAAAUGUUCAUUGGAGCUCUAUUUACAAUAGCCAGGACAUAGAAGCAACCUAAGUGUCCAUCAACAGAUGAAUGGGUAAAGAAGAAGUGGCAUAUAUAUACAAUGGAAUGUUACUCAGCCAUUAAAAAGAUCGAAACUUAGUUAUUUGUAGUGAGGUGGAUGGACCUAGAGACUCUCAUACAGAGUGAAGUAAGUCAGAAAGAGAAAAACAAAUACCGUAUGAUAACACAUAUAUAUGGAAUCUAAAACAAAAAAAAAAGAAAAGAAAAGAAAAUU